AUGAAAAUAGGAGAUAUUGAUAUUUUACAACUAUCUCUUGCGAAAUAUAUGCCAGAAAAUAAAGAUAUAUGGUAUCGCCUUGCUCAAUGUAAUAACCUUGAUGAAUCAGCUUUUAACUAUGCUACUUGGGAAUUUAUUGAUUUCGUUCUUGGUCGAGCAUUUGAUGAUCAUGAUAAUAUGGCAAAAGCACAUCAAUAUGGCUGGACAACAACAGUUAAUAUCAAUGAAUGCUUUAUUCAAUGUUUUCAUCGACUGAAAAAGAUGACAGUUAUUCCAUCGAAUUGA